AUGAUCGACUGGGCGAGCAUGGAUGGGGGGGUAAGGGUUGGAUUGGAGCAGACGGUGAGCAUCGGCAUCCUUCGCGAUAUCUGGGUGCACUGUGAUCGAGACUCUUCCAAGACCGAUGCGGGGCACUUUCCGCCCCAAAUCAAGGCUCAUCCGUUACGCGGUCCAGGACACCACAGACGGCAUCCCACCUGGUGCGCCGUGCGAGCGACGGCGAGCAUCAAAAACAAACCAGGCGGUACUCACGACAUCAACAUCUGCACCAGCGCCCAGAUAUCACGCUCCAUCUUUAGCGCCUCCAACUCUGGUGUCAACGGUUCCUGUGGUGGCUUCCCCGCAACAGACUGGGCAAAUCUGGGGCGAAAGCAGACAAAGCUCCAAGAAGCCGCGCUCACGAUUGAGACCCGAACUCAAGCAAUCGAUUCCCUGGAAGAGCGAAUACGUUCAUCAUCAGCGACGAUCGAGCUUCAGAAGUCAGCUCUGCUCGAGGCCGAAGAGGCCAAAGCGACUGCUGAGGCAGCGAAAGUAAGGGCCGAGGAGGAGCUAUCUGGCACACAACAACGGCUCGCUUCGACGCGAGCUGAGCUUAACGAGACGCUGAACGGGUUCGCGGCCGUGCAAAGAGAGUUGGAGAAUGCAACAGCUCUGACAGAGUCUAAGGUGGCCGAAGUAGAUGCAGAACGUCGAUCUCGGGCUGCGAUCGAAAAGGAGCUAUAUGACACCCACAAGCAGAAGCGAGAGCUGGAGACUGCGCAUCUGCAAAUGCCGGGCUGGAGCGAGAGCUAUUCGGCCAACCAAGAUUUGCAGGACACGCUAGCGCAGACAGCGGCCGAGCUUGAUACCAAAACAUCCAAGCUAGAAGCAGAGCGCAUCGCGCACAACAAGCUCGAGGAGACGCUCAGCACGGUGCAGGAGGAACGGCGAGAGACGGCGGCGACACUGACGUGCAUCACUGGAGAAUUGCAGGCACACCUCGUCGGACUUAAAGAGGGACGCAGAGCGCGUGCCGCGAUCGAGGACCAGCUGCGUGCCUGCACCUCGGACCUCGAAAAUACCAUUCUCCAGCUCCGGAGGAACAACGAUCAGCACUGUCAACGAAUUACGGAGCUCGAGGCGCAACUCCAGCAAUCCACGUAG